AGUAGAGAGAGAGAGAGAGAGAGAGAGAGAGAGAGAGAGAGAGAUGGUGAACUUUGUGACAAUAGAGAAGUCAUUGUUGCAUGGGCUAAUGAAGCUUGCUGGUCUGAGAACCCAGAUGGUGGAGAUCGAGCCUGGGACAACCAUGAAAUUUUGGGCUCCAUUUGAGACCACUAAGAAAGAGAAGGCGAAGGUAGAUCCGGAGGAGGAAGAGGAGAAGAACCAGAAGAAGAAGAAGAAAGCAAAGAAGCCUGCAGUGGUAUUGUUACAUGGCUUUGCUGCUGAAGGUCUAAUGACGUGGCAGUUUCAGGUGGGACCACUCUUAAAGAAGUACGCUGUCUACGUUCCAGACCUUCUAUUUUUCGGAGGUUCGAUGACCAGCAAAACUGACCGGUCACCGGAGUUUCAAGCCGAAUGCCUUGUGAAGGGACUGACGAAGUUAGGAGUGGACACCUGCACGGUGGUGGGAUUCAGUUACGGUGGAAUGGUGGCGUUCAAGAUGGCGGAGCUACACCAACACAUGGUGAAGUCUCUGGUGGUUUCAGGUUCGGUCUCAGCCUAUACGGAGUCAAUGAGUCGUAAGGUAACGGGUCGGUUGGGAUUCUCGUCGUCUUCAGAGAUGUUACUGCCCACGUCAGUUGAAGGUGUGAAAACCCUUCUUAAUCUCGGCAUGUACAAGAACUUCCGUUUACCUCAUCGUUUCUACAAGGACUACUUCCAGGUGAUGUUCAACAACAGAAAGGAGAAAGCUGAACUACUAGAAACUCUGGUCGUCAGCAGCAGCAGCAGCAAGGACUCCACCAUCCCCAACCUUUCACAAAGGAUACAUCUCCUAUGGGGUGAGAACGACCAAAUUUUCAAUAUGGAGAUUGCCCAGAGCCUGAAAGAGCAACUAGGAGACAAGGCAACACUGCAAAGCAUUAAGAAGGGAGGUCACCUGGUUCACCUGGAGCGACCCUGCAUCUACAACAGGCGUCUCAAGGCAAUCCUUGCUUCCCUGCAUACAGAUGCAGCUCAACAAUGAAGCUCACUCUUCCCAUUUCUGGUUAAAGUUUAUGUGUUCCGUAGUACCUGUUUCCCUGCUUUCUGUUGUUUCAUAUACAAAUGAAAAAAUUUGGAGAACUUGGCAGAUUGAAGACUAUAAUAGAAUUGAUUGUGAUGAAUUAAAUAAUACAAUGGGCACAAAAAAUGUAUAUGAUUUAUUCAAAUAGAAUUACAACACAUGGUACAAUAUAUAGGGACCUGGAUUAUAAUAAAAAAGGAAGGUGAAACAAACCUAUGGGUGAUGGAAGAUGUAAGAGUUCCCUUUAUGCCGGACUAAGAUUACAAAUUUGCUUUGGCACAAUGUUAAACUAGGCAAUUACAAAACAGCAAUUGAGAAACCAGAUAUUCCGACAAAAAAUUUCAUCUGAAGGACCACUGAAUUUCCUCAAGAGUUCUCCCCUUUGUCUCAGGGACCCAAAGUGCCACAAAUA